GCUCUUUCACUCGCUACACUAUUCGACUCCUGUCGACGAAUCAAUGGCUCUCCGUUCUCUGGCCACCAGAACCGCCCUAGGCGCCGCUGUCAAGGCGGAUUCUAAUCUUUUCCUAGGCUUAGGAUUAAGUCAACUUCGAGGAUUGAAAACCUUCUCUCUCCCCGAUCUUGCCUACGACUAUUCAGCUCUUGAGCCCGUGAUUAGUGCCGAGAUAAUGCAGCUUCAUCACCAAAAGCACCACCAGACUUAUAUUACUAACUAUAAUAAGUCUCUUGAGCUGCUCAAUGAAGCUAUGAAUAAGGGGGACUCUGCUUCUGUUGUCAAGUUGCAGAGCGCCAUCAAGUUCAAUGGUGGAGGUCAUAUCAACCACUCCAUUUUCUGGAAGAAUCUCGCCCCUGUUCGUGAAGGAGGUGGUGAACCUCCGCAUGGUUCCCUUGGUUGGGCGAUUGAUGAAGAUUUUGGUUCUUUGGAAAAGUUGAUCCAGAAAAUCAGCACAGAAGGUGCUGCUGUCCAAGGAUCUGGAUGGGUGUGGCUUGGUUUGGACAAAGAAGCAAAGAAACUUGUAGUUGAGACAACUGCAAACCAGGACCCAUUGGUAACUAAAGGACCAACUUUAGUUCCUUUGCUUGGCAUUGAUGUUUGGGAGCAUGCAUACUACUUACAGUACAAGAAUGUCAGACCUGAUUAUCUAAAGAACAUAUGGAAGGUAAUAAAUUGGAAGUAUGCAAGUGAAGUGUAUGCAAAUGAAUGCCCUUCAGCUUAGAGCGCUCACCACUCUUAUGAUUGAAAUAAAAUGAUGUGUUAAUGUAUUAUAAAAUAUUAAGGGCCCCUUCUCUCCACCGAGCUGUUCACAGGUUGUCUGCACUAGUGUGUGCUUUUGUUCAUUUCUUCUUUGUCAGUCCUAUCAUGGAACAUAUUGCUCUUGAUGUCCUGUUAUAUGGAUCUUCUAAUAACAACAAUUUGGGCACUAGAUUUUAUUCAA